AAUAUUGUGUUGACGUGGCGUGAGCGGUAGCAGUUCAAUAGCGGUUAGCAGGUACGUAACAAACAGACUACAGGGAGAGACCAAGGAGAAUCCAGUGGAAGUAUGGACCGUAGAAAGAACAAUUGAGGGAUCGGGAUUCACUUUAUCAGUGAAGAAAAAUGUCCAGCAGAAGCCAGCACUAUGGAUUCCAGUCAGCCACCAUGGUGCAGCCUGCCAAUGGCGGUCAUGCCUAUCUGUUCGGAAACAACAGCUCAGAAAAUGAUAUGUCAGAAGAGGAUGGUGAAAGCUAUGAGCUGCGGCCUCGUGGCAGAGAGAGACUCAGGAGGAGCACCUCUAAAGAGAGAAUGGAUGACAUUAUCUAUUUGACCAGAGAUAUCCAGGAGGGAGACACUCUGAACAGCAUUGCCCUUCAGUACCAUUGCUCAGUGGCGGACAUCAAGCGUGCCAACAACCUUUUGACAGAGCAGGACUUUUUUGCCCUGCGUUUAGUUAAGAUUCCUGUGAGGCGCUUUAGUGUCCUCACUGAGACUCAUAACGCUGCUACUCUCAAAUCUGCCUCGCCCACAGGCACUAGACACCCGCCACAGGUCUCGCACAUUACUUCUCUCCCUUCUGAAUCCUCCAUGGACUCCUGUUCUUCCACUGACAGCGUGGAAGGUUUCCUGAUGGAGAAGGACAAGGACAUUGAGUGGCUGGUGAAAUCCACAGGACCAUCUCGGAGCGGCCUCAGUGAGGUUGUGUCCUCUUUAACGCAGCAACAGCAGCAGCCAUUACUAGGAGAAGCUGGAUAUAAACCAGUACAGAGGAAGGAUCCUUAUUAUGGGGCAGACUGGGGCAUGGGAUGGUGGACUGCUGUGGCAAUCAUGCUUUUUGUCGGCAUUGUCACACCCAUCUUUUAUCUGUUGUAUUAUGAAGUUCUUGUGAAAGCUGACGUCAGCCAUCAUGGUAUGCCUACACAAACUCACAACGGCUUGUCUUAUGGGUAUCAACAAGACAACGGUUUGCUCAGGAGUAAAGACAUUCAUGGAGAUGCUCAAGCUAAGCAUGCAGUUAAUGAAGCUCAGCAGGGAGGGGUUGCGGACAAAGCAGGAGACGGUGGAGAUGGAGAAAAUGAGAAAACAUAGCAAGGAAUUUCCACCUAAAAUGUGUCGCUAACUCUGAGAACUAAUAGAAUUAUGCUGAUGUUCCCAUUUACAGAUAACGUUUAAAACAUCACUUAAAUCUAUCUGGCUUAAUUAUACAGGAGACAAUAACUUUGAAGGAUUGAGAGACUAAGGUGUGACCACAAUCAUAACUUGUGUCUCUCCAUUUGCAUACAGUUGACAGACUGAAUGUGGGUCCAACUCUUCGCAAGAUUUAUGUCUGGUUUGAUAGACCAACGCUGUGCUGCUUCAACCUUUUUAAAAGUGACUGCAUUUCAUAGUUGGUCUGAGUGUCUCCUGUAAACUCGAGAUGGUGUCUUUGCAGUCAACUGUGCUGGAGAAUUUUUAGCCGGUUACACACAAAUGCUGCCCAGGGAGUUACAGACAGCAGCACUGCAGAAUAAACUAUUCGAUUAAAAUGGUUCAGUGGGCUCGCUUAUAACUGUGGAUUUGUUUAAAAGACGUUUGAGCUGUAACUUUAGCCAUGUUAGUUAUAUGGUACUUGUUGGAAAAGUUAGGAUUGCUGCCACUGUGUGUAAUUAAAAUUAAUUUAUUUGAAGACUGAACAUCAGUUUUUAUGUACACUACCAGUAUUGAUCAUCAGUUGGAGUUAAAAUGAAAUUUUCUUGAAUCUCCAUCCUGCUUGAAAGAACUGUAGGGGUUUGUUUUUUUUAAAUUAAGAAACAAAAAUAUAAAUAAGAGCAUGGUGAGGAAAAUGCACAAUAUUCCCACAAUAACUCAUUUGUAAUUAUGUACAAUUUUUAGACUUGUUAUGUAGCCCUUUUAUUUUCUCACUGUGUUCAGUUGAUAUUCUAUGACAGAGCAUUGUGUUCUUAACAGUAUGUGCCUUUCAACCUGUGAAACUUGUCUACAGGAUGAAGAAUAAAUAAAUCUAUUUUGAAUAAAUUA